UCAAUUGCAACCCGAAAUCGAAAGAAUAUGAGGGGAGGGCAUUCGCGCCUGCUGCUUUAUGACGUCAUCCACUUACUUGUCUGAAUUGUGUUCGAAAAGCGGACCUCUCAGUCUCAACAUUAAAUCAUCGUUUUGUAGAAUCUUUGGCGUGGCGCCGUUCACACAAAUACAUGUUUUUCACAUUCAACUAAACACAAAAAACUCAUUUUACUUGCUACGACGCAUUGAUGCGUCGCCUUGGACUUACUAACCCACUCGUACGAAGAGCCGUGCAACUCGCAUCUCACCUAGGGUCCGGCACCAUCAUGAUGUCAACAACGACUUCCUCUGCUUCGGGCUCUGCGGCGCCGUGGCGCAACCUCUUUGUGGAGCAUCUCGAGGGCAUGAAGUUGCCCGAAUUCACACUCAGCACAGUGCGCUGUGUGCCGUCAUCGGCAUCAGCGGGGUUCGGCGUCACCGGCGGUGUCGGCGACAGGUCCGUCUACGUGCCGCGAGCGCGGACGUGCAUCUUCCGGGGCAUGUGGGCGUCGCUGCCUGUCAACCCUAAGAACGAGGCAGAGCUCAACCCGGAAGUCUACGAGAGCGACUUUCCGACUUUUACGACGGAUGUGCGCAUGGACAAGAUGGCGGAACUAUGGGGAGCGAGAGUUGACGAUGGCAAGAAUGAGUGGCAAGGGACGGGAGGCGGAGGGCCUGUCGAGGCCGUCUGGUGGGCUGAGGGGCCUAAGGUGCAGUGGCGGGUGAGGGGACGGGCUUACGUGCUGGGACCAGACGUGGAGACGUCAGAGAGCGGGAGGGAGACGCGGGAGAUGCUCCGGGCGGGAAUGCUGAAGAGGAAGAGGCAGGAUGACGGGAAGGAUGGCGAAUGGAGCUUCAGAAGGGAGAUAACGGCACACUUUGGGAACUUGGCCCCGGGCAUGAGAGGAACGUUCAAGAAUCCGCCGUCGGGCCUACCCAUAGAACUACCCUUCGAUGACGGACUGGAGCUUGGGCAGAAGGUGGACGACUUGCACGACGAGACGGCGAGGAAGAACUUUAGGGUUGUGGUUAUCGUGCCCUACGAGGUCGACAGGACCGACCUCUUCGGUCCCGUGCGUGGCAGGAGAUGGUUGUACCGUUUGACCACCGGGGGCCGGACGGAGCCCGAGAUGCCGGGCGGGAUAAUGGAGGGCGCGUGGGAGAAGGUCGAACUAUGGCCUUGAGCUGAGUGGACACUGCGUAGACAGGAAGCCUUGCAUAGUUGCAGUUGCACAUGAUGGUGUUGCAUUGUCGGGCACCACCUCGGGCACCUCGGCCAUAGGCUUAACUCCAGAGGCGUUACAGCUUAAUGAUUAGAGAUGACAUGUCGUCCAUGUGAGGUCGGCUAUACGACGUAGUGUCUUUAGCCGCAAAUCCGAACUCAACGUGGCGAGAGUAUUAUCGUUGAAUUGGACGAAUCUGGUCUCAAUCUGACCACUUGAGAGGCGUAGGCG